AUGGCCGCGGCAGCCGAUAAAGCGCGCUUCUACCUCGAACAACACGUUCCCACUCUGCAAACCUACUCCCGCCUCUCCCUCUUCACCCGCGCCGAAAUCGCCGCCAUCACCUCCAAACGCAGCACCUUCGAACACAUCAUCAAUAGCCGCGGCGGCAGCACUCCGGCCGACUUCGCCCGCUACGCCGAGUACGAGAUCAAUCUUAAUGCCUUACUCAAACAUCGCUGUCGCCGUCUCGGCAUCAAGGACAGGAGGUUGGCGUACGAUGGGAAGAAGAACGUGUUUUUCAUCCUCGAGAGAGGGACGAAGAAGUUCCCGGGUGAUAUGGGACUGUGGAUGCAGUAUAUUGAUUUCUGUAAGAGGGAGAAGGCGAAUAAAAAGUUGGUGAAGGUGUUCACGGCGGUGUUGAGGCUGAAGCCGAGGGAGUGGGGGUUGUGGGUUUUGGCGGCUAAGUGGUUUGCGGAGGAGCAGAUGGAUAUGCAGAAUGCGAGGGGAUAUCUGCAGAGAGGACUGAGGUUUUGUAAGGAUGAAGUAAGACUAUGGUUGGAGUACGUCAAGCUCGAGAUGGUGUAUCUUGCCAAGGUGGCUGCGAGGAGGAAGAUUUUGGGACUGGACGAGAAGAUGGCCGGUGACGCUGCUGAGGUGGAGGAGGAUGCUGUCGCAAAGGCAGAUGGUGACGAGGAUAUGAUUGCACUACCAACCAUCACCGCUGCGGAGUUCGAGCCAGAGCCGAGUAGAGGUACGGAUGCAGUGGACUUAGAAGCUCUGCAGAAACUAGCACAAGCGCCCGUCUUCUCCGGAGCAAUACCCAUCGCCAUCUUCGACGCCGCGAUGAAGCAAUUCAACAACAGCGCGCAAAUGGCUGAGCAGAUCUUCGAGCUGGUUGCAGCAUUCGACCAAACACCGGCUUCGAGCACUGUACUUGAACACAUCCUGUCGCACCUUCGGUCGACAUCACCAUCAUCUUCCGAAGCUAUCAUGUGCGAAGCGCGGCUAUCAAUUUUCGGCACUGACAUGCUCUCACCCGACUUUCCAGCCGCGCUUGGCACGUCACUGUCU